ACUUCUAUAUAUUGAAUCUCAAAUGACAAAGAAAUGGUCAAAAGAUCUACCUUAUGUGAAGGAACCAACCUAAAAGCAAAACCCCAUUCCCACCUUCAUUCCAUCCACGUAUAUCACUUGCAUGUCUCACAAAAAGUAACCCUACACCUGUCCUAAUAUUAACUUCACACACACUCCACCACCACACUCUCCAUUUCUUUACUAUUUUCAGAUCAAUAUAUUCAAUUUCACUCUUUCUCUCUCUCUCUCUCUUACAACAAAACAAACCAUAUUCCCAAUGGCGGAUCUUAACCAAACACAUAGACCCGCCACCGCCACCGCCACGUCCUCCUCAUCCGCCGUGUUUCUAAGAAAGCUUCAAGACAACCUCCAGGCAUCAAACUCAACCCAGCUCGCUGGUAUCUUAACCCUCCUCGCUACCGGUUCCAUUUUCCUCCUUCUAACCGGUUUAACCGUCUCUGGUACUGUUUUCGCCCUCAUCUUCUUCUCGCCGUUGAUCAUCGUUUCAAGCCCGAUAUGGGUCCCAGCCGGCACCUUCUUCUUCCUCCUCGUCGCUGGAUUCUUGUCCAUAUGUGGAUUUGGUGUCAUCGCCGUCGCUGUUUCCCAUUGGUCCUACCGUUACUUUAGGGGUCUCCACCCGCCCGGUUCGGACCGGGUCGAUUACGCCCGGAGCCGGAUUUAUGAUACGGCCACCCAUGUUAAAGAUUGUGCUAUAGAAUACGGUGGGUAUUUGCAGAGUAAGGUCAAGGAUGCAGCGCCGGGUGCUUGAACCAAACCGGUUCAGUUCCCUAGUUUAUAGUACUAUCAUAUAUAUUGAACCGGUUUUUUUGUUUGUUAAAUGUUAUUAUUAUAUGUUAAGGUGUGUGUGUGUACGUAACCUUAAUGGGCUAGAAUUAAGCUGUGUUGUCUUUAUUCUUUUUUCCUUUUCUCUUUAACGUAAUGUGAUAGUGUUUAUCUAUGUCUCA